AUGAAGGCUAUCAAGCAAGUAGAUGCUGUAAUCUCUACUAUUAGAUUUCUAUUAGAAGCCGGAAAAUGUGGAGAUGAUCCUGAAAAUAUAGAUGAGUCAUCACUAAGACGACAUGUCGCAACAAAGAAAACAAGGUCGAGAAAAGCCAGAAGGCGGCUAUGGAAGUUGAAGCUCAAUAUUACCUGGCAAGCUAUCAUGAAGGCAUUUACAAGCAAGUGCCGUCUCCGGUUAAGCUGUGUACCGAGCAUGAAACAGCUUUCCACCAUCAAAAUCCAUCAAGAAACCAAAACGAAGAAAAAUUCCUGCCGUCCCCAUUAAACACUAGAGCACCUACUCAAUGUGCCCUACGCAGCACUGGAUUUCAUCGACCGAGGAGAUCACAUGACUCCAACAUUUUCUCCCAAGGAGAAUAUACCUACAAAGUGGCGUGAAAUCCAUGAUUCUUGCAACUGGGAAAACAUUCUUGACCCUCUCCAUCCAUGGCUUCGUCGAGAAAUUGUCAAGUAUGGAGAAUUCGUUGGAGCCACUUACGAUGCCUUCGACUUCGAUGCUCUAUCUGAGUAUUGUUGGAGUUGCAGGUAUAACCGGCACAAGUUUUUGCAAGAACUGGGCCACAAGCACGGUUACAAGGUGACUAAGUACAUUCAUGCCAUGUCCCAUGUAGACGUGCCUGAAUGGUUCGUGAGGUCACAUAGUAUAUGGAGCAAAGAUUCCAACUGGAUGGGAUAUGUUGAGGUGAGCAACGACGAGGAAUCGCAUAGAAUUGGUCGGCGAGACAUAGUCGUGGCAUGGCGGGGCACGGUGGCUCCCACAGAGUGGUUUACGGACCUUAAGACAAAGCUAGAGCAAUUUGAUGAUGACAAGAAAAAUAUUACGCUACAAUGUGGGUUCCUUGGCAUAUGCAAAUCCAAGGAUGAGUUUACUAGGUACAACAAGUUAAGUGCCUCUGAGCAAGUUAUGGAAGAAUUCAAGAAGCAUGUCAGUUUUUACAGGGAAAAUGGCGAAAGGGUCAGCUUGACACUUACAGCACAUAGUUUAGGAGGAGCAUUAGCCCUUCUCAACGCUUAUGAGGUUGCAAUUUCGAUUCCUCAUUUUUUCAUUAGUGUCGUUUCGUUUGGUGCACCAAGAGUUGGAAACAUGGCCUUCAAGGAGAAGCUUAAUGAACUAGGAGUCAAAACACUUGGGGUCGUUGUCAAGCAAGAUAUAGUCUCAAAAGUUCCAGGGAUCAUAGUCAACAAAAUUCUCAAGAAACUUGACAAAAUGGCUCAAAAAUUGACCUGGGUUUAUAGGCAUGUGGGCCAGUUGAAACUUGAUGUGUUCAUGUCACCCUACUUGAAGCACGAAUCUGACUUGUCAGGGCGUCACAAUUUGGAGGUUUACCUCCAUCUUUUGGAUGGAUUUUUGGGCAAGAAAUUGAAGUUUCGAUGGAAUGCUAGGAGGGAUUUGGCAUUGGUGAACAAGUCUAGUGAUAUGUUAAUAGAGGAGCUAAAAAUACGCGAGUUCUGGUUCCGGUUGCCUCACAAGGGGCUUGUAUUGAACAAACAUGGUAGAUGGGUUAAGCCAGGGACAGAACCUGAAGAUAUUCCUUCUCCAUUUAGUACUGAAAUAUCCAAUCAUGAUCCUACAUAUUAGAUUUAUGUUUCCCAUAGGAUCAAGCCUUUUAUCUAGUAUCCAUUUCUUUCUUAUUUUGAUGAUGAUUUUUUUCCAAAAAAAGUUACUAUAGAUUUGAUUUACUGUCUACUUCGAUCAAUUUGAUCUGAGAACAGCUAUUGGAAAUCCAAAAUCUUGUUUGUAACUAAUCA